GGGCUCAAUGCGGGGACUCUGUUUUCUGGUUUAAGUAUCACAAUGGACACAGGCAAUAAAACUCUGCCCCAGGAUUUUCUCUUACUGGGCUUUCCUGGUUCUCAAACUCUUCAGUUCUCUCUCUUCAUGCUUUUUCUGGUGAUGUACAUCCUCACAGUUAGUGGUAAUGUGGCUAUCUUGAUGUUGGUGAGGACCUCCCAUCAGUUGCAUACCCCCAUGUACUUCUUUCUGAGCAACCUCUCCUUCCUGGAGAUUUGGUAUACCACAGCUGCAGUCCCCAAAGCACUGGCCAUCCUACUGGGGAGAAGUCAGACCAUAUCAUUUACAAGCUGUCUUUUGCAGAUGUACCUUGUUUUCUCAUUAGGCUGCACAGAGUACUUCCUCCUGGCAGCCAUGGCUUAUGACCGCUACCUUGCCAUCUGCUAUCCUCUACACCAUGGAGCCAUCAUGAGUAGUCUGCUCUCAGCGCAGCUGGCCCUGGGCUCCUGGAUCUGUGGUUUCAUGGCCAUUGCAGUGCCCACAGCCCUCAUCAGUGGUCUGUCCUUCUGUGGCCCCCGUGCCAUCAACCACUUCUUCUGUGACAUUGCACCCUGGAUUGCCCUGGCCUGCACCAGCACACAGGCAGCAGAGCUUGUUGCCUUUGUGAUUGCUUUUGUGGUCAUCCUGAGUUCAUUCCUCAUCACUCUUAUCUCCUACAUCUACAUCAUCAGCACCAUCCUCAGGAUCCCCUCUGCCAGUGGCCGGAUCAAAGCCUUUUCCACGUGCUCCUCGCAUCUCACUGUGGUGCUCAUUUGGUAUGGGUCCACGAUUUUCCUUCACGUCCGCACCUCUAUCAAAGAUGCCUUGGAUCUGACCAAAGCUGUCCACGUCCUGAACACCGUGGUGACUCCAGUUUUAAACCCCUUCAUCUAUACGCUUCGUAAUAAGGAAGUAAGAGAAACUCUGCUGAAGAAAUGGAAGGGAAAAUAAAUCUCCUCUUCCACAGCAGAUGUCCUGUAAAUGGUCUCUGCAUCAAUACAGAAGUUUCAAGUACGAAUGUGGAGGAACAG